UACACAAACGCUGCACACGCCCCUGCAGGAAUCGGAUGGACCGCUUGCUGCAGCUCCCACGCGUGGAGCCAAGAAUGACGCCGGCGCUCGUUUGCAUCAAGACGGCCUGAACAUUAUAGGACGCAUCUGCUCGAUCGCUUGAUUUCCAAGGCCGCGCGAUGGCUUCUCUCGUGGCGCUUUCACGGACACGACUGCUGGUCGCAGCUUUUGCAUUCUGCGCGUUGUGCGGGUCAGUGCUUUCAAUCACUCGCUACUCCAUUCCGGAGGAGAUGGAAGAGGGUUCCUUUGUUGCCAACCUCGCCGCCGAUUUGGGUCUCGAUGUUCGGAGCAUGGUGGAGCGCAAAGCAAAGCUGGAUGUCAUUCACAGCAAAAAUUACCUUGACAUCAACAAAGAAACCGGUGAGCUCAUCAUCCGAGAGAAGAUGGACCGGGAGAGCAUCUGCAUGACCAAAACAGCCUCGUGCUUUAUGAAGAUGGAUGUCAUACUAGAAAACCCAAUUCGUAUUUUUAACAUCGAACUGGAGAUCAUGGACAUUAACGACAACGCGCCGGUGUUCCGGAGGAAGAGCAUUCAUUUGGAUGUUUCCGAGGCAACCCCUCCCGGUGAGAGAUUCUCGUUAACAAAUGCCGUCGAUGCGGAUGUUGGCGCUAAUUCAAUUAAGACUUACUAUCUCAGCGAGAGCAAAGACUUCAACGUUGACAUACAAACUGGCAGCGAUGGCUCCAAAUAUGUAGACUUGGUUCUGAAUGGCAAUCUGGACCGGGAGACAGACGCGGUGCAUAAUCUGAUUCUAACCGCGGUGGAUGGAGGGCUUCCUCCCCGAUCCGGCACAGCCAGUAUUAUUAUCAAUGUCCUCGAUAUCAAUGACAACGCCCCCCUCUUCACUCAGCCGGUGUUUGAAGUCAAUGUUGCAGAGAAUUCAGGUGUGGGGACAGUUGUCAUGACCUUAAAUGCAACAGAUUUGGACGAAGGCACAAACGCACGCUUAUUAUAUUCGUAUACGCUCUACACUUCUGAGAAGACACAGGAGCUCUUCUCGCUUGACCGACAUUCGGGGGAGAUCAAGGUUAAGGGGGUUGUUGAUUUUGAGGAGAAUCCGAGUUUUGAGAUGCACGUCCAAGCUCAGGAUGAAGGGUCCAGCCCGCUGUCAGGACACUGCAAAGUGACGGUGUCCGUCACCGAUUUGAACGAUAACUACCCCGAGAUGACCAUCAAGUCUCUGAAGAGCGCCACGGCCGAGAAUACGGCCGUGGGGACACUGAUUGCGGUGGUCGGCGUCAGCGACAGGGACUCGGGAGUCAACGGCCAAGUGGAGCUCACUUUAAGUCAGCAGGAAAAGCUACCCUUUGUGCUCAAUCAGUCCUCGGAGGGUUACUUCGAGCUCUUGGUUUCAAAGCCGCUGGACAGAGAGAUAAAGGGCAAAUACGAAAUAACGCUGAAGGUGACUGACAAAGGAACGCCGCCGCUCACUGAAAGCGAGACCUUCACCUUAGAGAUUCAUGAUAUCAACGACAAUGCUCCCACAUUCCCGCAGUCCUUCUACACCAUCCACGUGAUGGAGAAUAAUCUGCCGGGAGCCUUGCUGACAUCUCUGAGUGCACUUGACCCGGAUUUGAAUGAGAACCAGUACUUGGUCUAUUUCAUAAUGGAGAAAGAGAUCGCCAACACAUCUAUGUCAAUGCUGUUCUCCAUCAAUCCAGAAAAUGCCGACCUUUAUGCCUUGAAGACCUUCGAUUUUGAGCGAGAGAGGGAGUAUCUUUUCCACAUUGAGGCGAGGGACUCCGGUGUCCCCGCGCUGAGCAGCAAUGUUACGGUUCAUAUCAUCAUUCUGGACCAAAACGACAAUAUCCCUGUCAUAGUGUCGCCGUGGCGGGCGCAGGGCUCUGUCGUCGAGCAGGUGAUACCGAGGUCUACAGAUAAGGGACACCUAGUGGCCAAAGUGAUCGCCAUCGACGCCGACUCGGAGCAGAACGGCAGGGUCACGUAUCAGCUCUUGCAAAUCAGCGAUACCAGCCUCUUCAGUCUAGACCAGUACAACGGCGAGAUCCGGACAACCAGAAUGUUCAGCUACAGAGACCCCCGGCAACAACGCCUGGUAAUUGCCGCGAAAGACAACGGCAACCCGGCCCUCUCCACCACCGUCACCAUCAAAAUUGCCACUGUCGAGCACGCCACGGCAUUUUCGGAGACAACGGAGUUGCCGCUGGAGUAUGACCUCUUCACAGACCUCAACUUGUAUUUAGUCAUCGGUUUAGGGGCCGUUUCCUUCAUGCUGCUCAUUACCAUAUUGGUGAUUAUCGUGCUAAAGUGUCAAAAGCCCAAGCCAAAGGCCAUCAAGAUGCCCCCAGCUAAUCGGAACAGCGUGAUCAGCAGGAAUAGCGUGAUCAGCCAGAGGAGCUCCACUAUCGCGGACUCCACUUUGAUCUCCAGCGACGCCUACUGGUACAGCCUCUUUCUCGCAGAGACCAGGAAAGGCAAAGUAGUCGUCAGACAGCCCAUAAUACCCAAAGGGGCUGGCUACUUUGUGUCCAGUAUACCCAGGAGCAUAGGGCCAAGUGAGACCACAGAGUCCAGAGCAUCUACACUGGAGCAGGCAACCAGAAGAGAACUGCCGUGAUAUAAUCAUCUCUUCCUGGCAGUCAUUGACUCCUACACCAAUUCAAAACAGUUUCCUUGAGUCCUUCCGAGCCAACUCUUCUCUCCUUCAAUCCUCCAAAUAUUGUCAUGAGCUAGAUAGGCAGACACAGUAGAUAUUGUAUACUUUAAUAAUCGUGUGCUGGAAGUAAAGGAAUCAUCCUCAGUUCAUUCAGCUUCAUUGUCCCAGACCUUCUAUUUUCAGCAUGAAUCUGCAUGAUUCUUAAACAUGUCCCAUUUGGACUAAGAACUGAAAACGUAUUAUUCUGAACAUGAGCUGAGUGGCCUCAUGCCAAUUUCUUGUCAACGCAACUCAAACGGGUCGGGUAGUGCCGUGUACAAAACGUGCUUAACCAAUAACAGUCAGGGUGAACACGGUUCUUCCAUAGGACUUAUUUACAUACUGAAUUGUGUCGGGUGAUGUCAUUCAUCUAAAUGCUGCGUGGUUUCCUUUUUUAAAUGACAUUUUGACUGUUUUAUGUGUGGAGCUGUUGUCGAAAAAAAAAAAAAAAAAAGGCUCCCACUGUCAUCUGGUAAUUUGACUUUCUCUGGUAUCUUUCUCAGUACUCACAAAUGUGUAAAAUUGAAAGCUCACGGGUAGGGAAAGGUUUUGUUAGGUUUUUAUGUGUCUGUAGUCUAACAUUUUGAAAGAUUUUUGAGUAUCGAGUGGAUAAUUUCUCGGCAUAGGUACUGUUCUAAAUAAUCUGACUGGCCAUGUAUUAGUUAGUAUUUAACUGUAAUUUGGGGACAAGUUACAUGGCAAAAUCUGUAUUUAUUUAAAAAAAAUAAUAAUAAUAAUACUUGGAAUGUGGUACGAGGGAGAUAGAAGUUAAACGUGCCCUCAAGCGUAAUGUGACAUAACCAAUGAGGUGAAAGUGGAUUGUACAUUCAAGCAUCCUGAACUGUAGCACUGCUUUAAAAAAAAGUCCAUCUUUUUUCUAUCAAUAACAUAAGCAGACAAAACUGGCAAUAAAAAUAUCAUCUAUUAAGCUUCAACUAUAGCUGAAAAUGUAUGUUCAUAUUUCAAUUUUAAUACUGAAUCUAUCAAUUCAUAUGAAGAAGAAUAUUGAAAUGUAUUCAUUUUGGACAUGAUUGAAUUGAAGUGCAUACAAGGUUUAUGAUUUGUUUUGUUUGUUUUAUUGAUAGUUUGUGUCAUAACUUUUAAUGCUGCUUCUGUGGGCUUUUUCAAGGGCAUUUUGUGUUGCAAUUGUGAAGUCUAGUGGAUUUGAUGUUUUGGUAUUCUGUAGUUUUUAACUGAGAUUUUAACACGCUGUCCUUUUUCAUGACCCUUUUGACCUCUGAGAUAGCGCCUUUGCGCUCCACCAAGGCACAGGACUUUAAUUUCUCAGAAACAAGUGGCUGAUUAAAGCAACUUAUUUGGGUGCUCAAAUAUAAUAGAGUUAGAAGAAGAGAAUGUGGUUUAAGUUGCAGUGCUCAAGUACUGCAUUAAGUACAUGCAGUGCUGGACAAAUGAGUAUGAAGCGAAGUACUGCAAUCUUUUAAAAUAUGCACAAAUCAGAAAGGGAAUUGCAGCACUCUCAACAAUGCAAUGGAGAGGAAAACGUUUCCAGAAUCACACUGAGCAAGUCAGCAAAAGCUUCAUGUUUGUUACUUUUGCUUAUGUGACAUGAGACAACAAACUAUAGAUGACAAGGGAUUUAUUGCCGUGGAGAACAUGCAUAUGUGCAAUCAAUUUUGAAACCCGACACUUCCUAAAGUGUGUCAUUGCACAUCUGAUAAGCUUUUUGUGUGCCUUCUGCGUUGUAAAAAGACUUUUGACGAAUGAAAUCAUUACGACCCGUAUUGUAAAACAGCGUCGUAAGCACAUGCAUGGGAAAUAUGCUGUGAACGUUAAACGCAUAGACAAAAAAAUCUAAUAAAAUUUCAAAAACAAUAGUGUUAUCAUUUGCCAAAGAAAGUUUUUACUGGGACUAGAAAUAUUCUUAUAACAUCCAUUGAUCCAACUAAAUUCUUGUGGGAAUUUGCUCAGCAAAAUGAUGGUUCUCGUUAUGACAUGCCACAAUAGGUUGCUCAUAGAGUGGAGACAUUGAAAGUUAGCAAGUCAGCCUUUUGUUUUCCAAGACCAGUAGAUGCAUUUACCGUAAAUUCAAACACUUUAUACAUGUGUUUUUUAUAAAGUAGACUUUUUGAUAUCUUCUGUAAAGUUCACUGUGAUCCAGUGGCACAGGGGUGCGUGGUGUCACUUGGUGUUGUCCUCAUUUGUGAAUGCGUCUCUGGGUUUUUCUUCAUCUAAUUACCAGUCAGAUUGUGCGGUAUACUUGAGAGUUACAUCAAAACGUGCUCAACUUCCAAUCCUCUUAUAGUGAAUCCAAGACCCAAUGGGAGAGAAAGGCCUUCGCUUUCUUUUCAAGUCCAGUUAAUUGUCAGGUUUUGAUGUCGCUUAUUUGGCUUUAAUGUUCUGCUUGAUUAUGAUCAUUUGAAUAAAGAUUUUUUUUUUUAAA